AGGGCUCUUGCGGAGAAAGUGAAGUUCCUUCCUGUCUUGGACUUGUUAAAAAGCUGUCAGCUGUGUGGCGGAAAUUGAGGCUGCAUGUUCCUGCUUGUGACCUGACAGUUUGUGUGUUUAUACAUCCAUACUUCUCUUUGUCUUUGUGUGUGUGUGUGUGUGUGUGUGUGUGUGUGUGUGUGUCCCUCCUGUCAUACGUGUGUCAGUGUGAUUCAGGGUCUCCACACAUUGUGAGCAUAGCAGAGAUCCUUCGAGCUGCCUGUUCAUGUCUAACUUUAUUGCAGGAGCCUGAAGUGGUCUUCUUUCUGUCUCCCCCCCCCUACAUGCAGCUGAGUAGAGGGGGUUGACCAAUUGCCAGCAGCUGUUGCUCAUUUCACAAUGGUCCCGCCCAUACAGUGCCGAGGCUGGCAGUGCUGCUUCACACACUAGAGGAGCAGCGGCAGCAGAGCUCCCAACUUAGAGGACCAUGUCUACGUUAGAACCAUCAUGAAGGACCGACUGAGAGCACCGAGCACAGAGGAGUUUCUUCCGCUGUGCUGAGUGGAGCCCAGGAGUGGAGACCAGAUCCUGUUGCGGGCUAAUUAAAUCCCAGCAUAACAUCACUGACCCCCACCCUGCCUUCCCCGUCCUGGUUCACCGAAAAAAGUAAACACCCCACAAAACUUGUGUCCUGAGCGGGACGUCGUCCUCCCCUGACUCUUCACCCUCCAUCCUCUGCCUCCUCAUGCUCCUCCAGACGGAGAGGAGGGCAGGGCGAGCUCACGCAGCCUGCCGGCCACCGCGCGCCUCCUGACGGGCGAUGGCGCUCCGGAGGAGGCUGGCGCUCGGCGCGUUGACCGGCGGCUCCCUGCUGCUGGUCUACAUCCUGUGUGUGAACCUGGAGAGCCCCCUGUCCUGGUCCGCGGCGCCUCCGAAACCUUCCCAUGGCUUCACACAGGCAAGGAGCAGCAGCUCACGAGACUCUGCGGAGCCUCUGGACAGACAGAGCAACAGGGACCAGUGGAGCCACCCGCCCCCCACCUCCACCUCCACCUCCACCUCCACCCUUCCCCCAGAGCUCUCCUCUGGUACAGUUCUGCCUGAGAGCCUGCAGACUCCCAGUCCAGAGACUCAAACCGCCCCAGCUGCUGAACACACACCGGCGGACAACAAUGCCCCGGACAACUCUAAGUCCAGGUUUAAGUCUGGCGUGGAGGAAACCAGGUUCCGGAUCAUGAAUCAAAGACUCGGACUGCAGGACGCCGAGCCGACAGAGCCUCCCUUCAUCGGAGACAAUUACAUGAGUGAAGACAUCCCACCACAAACAAACUGCUCCGACGGGAUCCGGAGUCGGGUCAACCAAACGGCUCUGAUUGGCCGGUUUCUGGAGGGGGUUCCUGUCCUGCAGUGGGCCGGCCACGUCACCCCGGAACAGCACCAGCGCCUGAGCCGCUACCCGGGAGCGCACGGCUGGGGGGGCGUCGACUACAAGACAUUGGUGGAAACUCUGUCUGUCCUCAACUCGUCUGCUAACCGGUGGCUGCUGGACGACUGGACGGAGCGCAGGAGGACAUCGGAGUGCAUCCGCUGCGCUGUGGUGGGGAACGGAGGGAUCCUGAAGGACUCUGGGAAAGGGAAGGAGAUCGACAGCCAUCACUACGUCUUCAGGACCAACGGGGCGAUCAUUAAGGGCUUUGAGCAGGACGUGGGGUCUCGGACCACCCACUACACCUUCUCCACCAACACACUGAUGAACUCCAUGAGGAGCUACGCUGGCGCCGGCUAUAAAGGACCCCCGCUGUCUGAGGAAACGCGCUACGUGUUCCUGCCGGAUCACGACCGGGACUACCUGCUGAUGAAGGCUGCCGCCACACACACUCCGGUGCAGCGAGGACCCGAGAGAGGCAAAGAUCCAUCCAAGUACUUUGGACAGGACGUGUCGGCAGAAAAGCUAAAGAUGUACCACCCCGAUUUCAUCCGUUACCUCCGAAACAGAUUCCUUCGUUCUAAAGCUCUGAAAACCAAAUACAAGGACAUUUACCGUCCGUCCACCGGCGCUGUGAUGCUAUUGGCUGCGCUGCAUACCUGCGACCAGGUGAGUGCGUACGGCUUCAUGACCCCAGACUAUAAGAACUACUCGGACCACUACUACGAGAAGAGCUACCACCCGGUGGGCUUCUACAUCAACCACGACCUGCGCAUGGAGAUGAGCCUGUGGCAGCAGCUGCACCAGGCGGGGCUCAUCCGACUCUACAUGCACGAGGAAGUUGGGAACCACAAAUGACGUCAUCGCGUCUGUCUGCGAGUCACAUGAGUUAUCAGCGCGGCCUUAAAGGGGGACAGGUGGACCACAUCACCUGUCUUGGCUCCAAAUGACUCUGAACUGAGCAAAAAGAAAUGAAAUGAGAUUGAAAUGCGAUGAUGGUGGUCCACUUCGAUCCAGACUGAAAUAAUUCUACCAACAUUGGAUGCAUCGUCAUUAAAUGUGGUGCAAAUAUCCAAUGGCAUCGAAGGAUGAAUCCUUAGUGACUGAUUUCUUUUCUUUUUUUUA